GGAGGCGGGGCGGCGGCGGCGGCGGCUGGGAGGUGGAGGAAGCGCGGAAUGAAAAGCUCAGAGGGACCAGAAAGCAGCACAGCGGAGCCCAAGUUGCCGAGCGAGCGGAGCGCUCCCGCGGCCCCGGAGCCCGAGCGGCCGCCGUGCCCCGGGAGCCUCGGCCCGGUCCCUCCGGCUGCGGGGACCCCCCUCGGGCCCAGGCGUCCGCGAGGGGGGGGAGGGCGGGGACGCCCAACUUGGGGCGCGGCGCGGCCCGGCCCUUCCCGAGACCGCGGAGCCCGGGAGCGCCACGGGCGGCCGCGGCCAGACGGCGGGAGAGGAGCACGGGGAGAGGAGGCGGCUCCGGAGCCGCAGCCGGGGCCUCGGCGGGUGCGCCGGCUCCCCCGCCGAGGACUCAAACUUUGCUCCGGCUCCCGCCGGCGGCUGCCGUCCCCGCGGCGGGGGCAUCGUCCUCCGGCUCCCGCCGGCGCGCGCUCUGCCCCGGCUUCCGCGGCGGCGGAGGCGGCGGCUGGGCUAAGUUGGCGCGCUCGGGCGCCCGGAGCGCUCGGCCCGCGCCCCGCGGCCCCCGGGAAGGACGCCGGGUCCCCGCCGCCCCGGGGUCGGGCCGCCCAGCGCCCCGCGCCUCCCGCGGGACCGGCGGAGCGAGCGGAGCGGAGCCCGGGGCCUCCCGGCCUGGCUCGGCGCACAGGCGACCCCUGGGCGGGGGGGAGGCGACAAGUUUGUCGCGGCCUCGGCGGCCCUGUCGGCUCGGAGCGGCGGAGAGCUCGCCCCCGCUCGGCGGCCCGGGCACCCGGAGCUGCUCGCUGGCCGAGCCCGCCGGACCGGGGAGCCCCGAGGUCCGCGUCAGCGCCCCCCGGGUCCCCGCCCUGCGGGACGAGGACGGAGCCGGCCACCCGGCCGCCGCCGCUUGCUCGGUCCAGCGCCCUCUCCGUCGCGGCUCCGGGCCGGGGAGGAAGAGGAGGGAAGGCGGAGGGCUCCGCUGUGCCCCGGCCGAGGCGCCCCCCGCCGCCUCUCGCGGGGAUGAGGCUCUGGCCGUGAAGAUGGAGGUGACCUGCCUCGUGCUCCUGGCGCUGCUCCCCCUCCACUGCCGGGGACAAGGAGUCUACGCUCCGGCCCAGGCCCAGAUCGUACACGCAGGGCAGGCCUGUGUGGUGAAGGAGGACAACAUCAGCGAGCGAGUCUACACCAUCCGGGAGAGCGACACCCUGGUGCUGCAGUGCCUGGUCACGGGGCACCCUCGGCCCCAGGUGCGGUGGACCAAGACGGCCGGCAGCGCGUCUGACAAGUUCCAGGAGACGUCGGUGUUCAACGAGACGCUGCGCAUCGAGCGCAUCGCCCGCACCCAGGGCGGCCGCUACUACUGCAAGGCGGAGAACGGGGUGGGCGUGCCGGCCAUCAAGUCCAUCCGCGUGGACGUGCAGUACUUGGACGAGCCUGUGCUGACAGUGCACCAGACCGUGAGCGAUGUCCGUGGCAACUUCUACCAGGAGAAGACCGUGUUCCUGCGAUGCACCGUCAGCUCCAACCCCCCCGCCCGCUUUAUAUGGAAGCGGGGCUCCGACACCCUGUCCCACAGCCAGGACAAUGGGGUUGACAUCUACGAGCCUCUCUACACCCAGGGGGAGACGAAGGUCUUGAAGCUGAAGAACCUGCGGCCCCAAGACUAUGCCAGCUACACCUGCCAGGUGUCCGUGCGCAAUGUGUGUGGCAUCCCGGACAAGGCCAUCACCUUCCGGCUCACCAACACCACAGCACCGCCAGCCUUGAAGCUGUCCGUGAAUGAAACUCUGGUGGUGAACCCUGGCGAGAACGUGACGGUGCGGUGCCUGCUGACGGGCGGCGACCCCCUCCCCCAGCUGCACUGGUCCCACGGGCCCGGCCCACUGCCCCUGGGGGCUCUGGCUCAAGGGGGCACCCUCAGCAUCCCGUCAGUGCAGGCCCGGGACUCUGGCUACUACAACUGCACAGCCACCAACAACGUGGGCAACCCGGCCAAGAAGACCGUCAACCUGCUGGUGCGGUCCUUGAGGAACGCCACGUUCCAGAUCACCCCGGAUGUGAUCAAAGAGAGCGAGAACAUUCAGCUGGGUCAGGACCUGAAGCUGUCAUGCCACGUGGAUGCGGUGCCCCAGGAGAAGGUUAACUACCAGUGGUUCAAAAACGGCAAGCCGGCACGCGUGUCCAAGCGGCUGCUGGUGACCCGGAAUGACCCCGAGCUGCCCGCCGUCACCAGUAGCCUGGAGCUCAUUGACCUGCACUUCAGUGACUACGGCACCUAUCUGUGCCUGGCGUCCUUCCCGGGAUCGCCCGUGCCUGACCUCAGCAUAGAGGUCAACAUCUCUUCUGAGACAGUGCCGCCCACCAUCAGUGUGCCCAAGGGCCGCGCGGUGGUGACGGUGCGAGAGGGCUCUCCUGCCGAGCUCCAGUGCGAAGUGCGGGGCAAGCCCCGGCCGCCGGUGCUGUGGUCUCGCGUGGACAAGGAGGCCGCCCUGCUGCCCUCGGGGCUGGCCCUGGAAGAGACCCCGGAUGGGAAGCUGCGGCUGGAGCGCGUGAGCCGCGACAUGAGCGGCACCUACCGCUGCCAGACCGCUCGCUACAACGGCUUCAACAUCCGACCCCGGGAGGCUCAGGUGCAGCUGACGGUACACUUCCCGCCAGAGGUGGAGCCCAGUUCCCAGGACGUGCGCCAGGCGCUGGGCCGGCCUGUGCUCCUGCGCUGCUCGCUCCUGCGCGGCAGCCCCCAGCGCAUCGCCUCGGCCGUGUGGCGCUUCAGGGGGCAGCUGCUGCCCCCGCCGCCGGUUGUCCCCGCCGCCGCCGCCGAGGCCCCCGAUCACGCCGAGCUGCGCCUGGACGCCCUGACCCGUGACACCAGCGGCAGCUACGAGUGCAGCGUCUCCAACGACGUGGGCUCCGCCACCUGUCUCUUCCAGGUCUCCGCCAAAGCCUACAGCCCGGAGUUUUACUUCGACACCCCCAACCCCACCCGCAGCCACAAGCUGUCCAAGAACUACUCCUAUGUGCUGCAGUGGACGCAGAGGGAGCCGGACGCUGUGGACCCUGUGCUCAACUACAGGCUCAGUGUCCGCCAGCUGAACCAGCACAAUGCCUUGGUCAAGGCCAUCCCCGUACGGCACGUGGAGAAGGGGCAGCUGCUGGAAUACAUCCUGACUGAUCUCCGUGUGCCUCACAGCUAUGAGAUCCGCCUCACACCCUACACCACCUUUGGGGCUGGUGACAUGGCUUCCAGAAUCAUCCACUACACAGAGCCCAUCAACUCGCCCAACCUGUCAGACAACACCUGUCACUUUGAGGACGAGAAGAUCUGUGGCUACACCCAGGAUCUGACAGACAACUUUGACUGGACGAGGCAGAAUGCUCUUACCCAGAAUCCCAAGCGCUCUCCCAAUACCGGUCCCCCUACUGACAUCAGCGGCACCCCUGAAGGCUACUACAUGUUCAUUGAGACCUCCAGACCCCGGGAGCUGGGGGACCGGGCAAGGCUGGUGAGCCCCGUGUACAAUGCCAGCGCCAAGUUCUACUGCGUCUCUUUCUUCUACCACAUGUACGGGAAACACAUUGGCUCCCUCAACCUUCUGGUGCGGUCCAGGAACAAAGGCGCCGUGGACACGCAUGCCUGGUCUCUCAGCGGCAACAAGGGUAAUGUGUGGCAGCAGGCCCACGUGCCCAUCAACCCCAGCGGGCCCUUCCAGAUUAUUUUUGAGGGGGUUCGAGGCUCGGGCUACCUGGGGGAUAUUGCCAUAGAUGAUGUCACACUGAAGAAGGGAGAGUGUCCCAGGAGGCAGAUGGAUCCCAACAAAGUGGUGGUGAUGCCAGGCAGCGGCGCCCCCCGCCUGUCCAGCCUGCAGCCCUGGGGGUCCAUGGCCGUGCUCCUCUUGGCGUUGCAGAGAUGAUGAGAGCUGCGUGGGCCCCACCCCCACCCCACCCUGCCCCCCGGCACACCAAAGUGUCCACAUCGUACCAAAGACUGACCCCUGCCAGCCGGGGUGCCCAGGGGCGGGGCCGGCCCGCCAGGGAGGGGGCCUUCAACGGCUGCGAGGAUGAGCGGAGAACACGGACAGAGGCCAGGCCAGGCUCUGAGGGUUGUUCAACACGCGCACACACGCACACACUCACCCACACUCACACACACAGAUAUUAAAGCACAAGUUUCUAUUCGACCUGCCAGCAACUUCUUUACUAUGGAGACAGGGGACCUUCCGAACGGCAUCCGCCACCUCCAGGGACCUCGGUGUGACACAGGCCUCCUCUUGGCUGCACUGCACUGUUCCUGACCUCGCCCUGUCCCCUGACUCGAGGCCGAACUCCAGCCCAGAGGCUUGCCGGAAGGGAGCCAGAUGUGGGCAGGCACAUCAGACUUGGGCUGCCUGGAUGGAGCUCUCGGGGUUUAGAGGCAAGCCUGGGGGGUCUCUCAGAGUCUCCCUUGCUCAGAGGCUGACGAGGAAGGGGUACCCGCUGCGGGUAGCUGUCCGCAGGAUGGAGAGUGGAUGGUGGAGAAGCCAGUCAACUCAGACCCCCCCACACACACCUGUUCCUGGGAUGUCACGCUCCCUUCUCCUCCCUGCCCAGUCGGAGGGCCCCAGCACAGGGCUUAGGGAUGUGCCUGGUGAAGGCUGCUCCCCACGUCCUGCCCCCACUCCGAUCAGCAGCUUCGAUGCCAGACAGUACCAGCUGUGUGGGAGGGGCAGCUUCCCCGCCGUUUUCCCGGGUCAGCCCCGGCUUUGAGAGGAGCACGGGGUCCUGCCUCUGCGACCCCAAGUCCCCACAGAGAACCAGAGAACGAUGAGCUCGUGAGUGGAAUGGAGCCCCUCCCCUCCCCCCACCCCCGUUUCUCAGGCGUUUAGUCAGACAGGGAGUUCUGGAAGAAGGGGCCGGGGAGGGUAGGACACUGUCCAGUCAGCCCUGUGGAGCACGGCAGUGAUGGAUGGAGGCUAUUGCGUCUCCUUGUUCCCUGGGAGCUGGGAAGGGAUUUUUGUCCUUGGAGCUCGACGUUGAUGGACUAGGAUCUAGAACUUCCCUCUCUGCUCCCCUUUCCCGGCUACCUAGCUUCCAUGGAAGAGCGGAAUCCUAACCCCUUCUGGAAUGAGUUUGUGUACAUGCACAUGGUAUGUCUGUGUUUCCGUGUUCGAGUGUGUCUGUGUGUGUGUGCGUCUCUGGGUAAGAGCGUGUGCGCCCAUCUGUGUCUGUGUACCACUGUGCACAGCACUGGAUGAGGGUAUGCAGAAAUAUGAGGCUAGGCGAGAGUCCAGUCCCUGAGUGUCAGCGUGCAUCUUUCAUCGUGAUGACGUGGGGAGCUGGCCCUGUGUGCAGUCUCAGACUGCCUGCUGCGGUCUUUCAUCCCUUGUGGAUGACAGAGAACUUACAGAGGACCCUCUUGAAGGCUGGCCCCUUGGCUGGAGGCCCCGGGCUCUUCCCAGUACAUUUGUGGGGAACAGCUGCAAAGACACUGGAAAGCCCAGCAUCACUGCAGAAACAAGAGGCACAUUGAGGACAAGACCCUUGCAGCCCAGGCCCCAAGUCCCUCCUGGUCUGUCUCUUCAUUGUUAUCACCAUCAUCAUCACCGUCACCACCAUCAUCACUAUCACCAUCACCAUCAUCAUCAUCAUCGGCUGUGAGUGGUCGGGCCAGGCUACAGCUGGGCCUCCUGGUACCCAACCAGUGUGGCUGCCUUCCUGGCCCUUCAAGGCCUGUCUGAAGUGAGUUGCUCUGGCUUCCAGAACACGCAUCCAUGGCACCUAUGGGGUACAUUACUCCUUAUCUGCCCCAUCUGUGUCGAGUCCCUGGCCCCAGCUAGACCGUGAGCCCCGCCCCCCGAGCCCCUCCUUCAUUCUCGAAGGCAUGAGGGGGCAGACGAGGACUAAAACCUGGUGGAAUGGGUUCCAUAAGCCAGUGAUCCCUGGCUAUAAACUCACCCGCCAGGGGACUCUCAGCCUGGGUGUCAGGGUGUGAGUUGAUGGUAUCGGGGUGCAGCCUGGUAUGAGAGGCAUUAAGAAGCCCCUUAGGACAACCCGAGAGGGGAAGCCGGGGUCCUCUCAACUCCAGGGCCUCUGGGCCAGGGCUGUGCUAGAGAAACAGCCCCGUUCCGUCCCCCAGGGGCUCCCAUCCCACCCUCAGCCUGCUCCCGCACAUCAGUCCACCAUCCGUGUGGGCUCCUCUAUAUCCCAGGGCUGGACACAGAAAAAGUACAGUGUGUGUUGGCCCAUCACAUCCCUGAACCUUCUCCGUGGUGAGGGCAGCCAUGCCUAAGGGUGCGUGGCCUGUCAAAGACACCCACCGUUGUGUGCAAGUGGGUAAGGCUGGUGUGUGUGUGUGUGUGUGUGUGUGUGUGUGUAUGUGAGCCCACGGUGUGCAGAGGCUAUGAGGUGUAUGUGUUUGCCUGCGCCAGAAGCAUUUAGACAUGUGCAGGACUGAGAGUCUAACUGCAGGGCAGGAGCGUUUGCACGUGGAUGCCUGUGAAUCAGCAUUCCUGUAUGUAUCCCUGUGGGUCAGGGUUGCGAUAGGAGACCAGGCUGGUGGGAUCUAGGGUGUCUCUUCAGUGGCACCCUCACCCUCUGUGAUGAGGGAACUGAGGAAAACUGUGGCCUUAAAACAAGGGCCCCAGAGUCAAGCUCUCAGGGUUCUGGGGCCCUUUUACUGCUGGCCCCUGAAGGUUGAUGUCCGGGGUACUGGGAGAAAGGGAUUCUGGGACCAGGUACUGAUUAGCAACCGAUGGGUAGCCUCAGCUUGGUUACCACAGGUAAUGCCCAGGGACCACAGGUAAUGCCCAGGGAAGCAUCCUUCAUCCGAAGACAAAGCCUGCCCCUCCCAUCCUUCCCUCUUUCCCAUUCACCAUCUAUCUCCUGUUCCCCGGAAGCACCUCUCCAAGCCAGCAGAGCCAGGACGAGCCUCAGAAAAGCAGGCUUCUUCAUGGCACAAAUGCAGAAGCUGGAAUGAAGACGGGCCCGGGCUAGCUCAAGUCUUGGAAGCCUCGUGCUGCAUCGCUGGGGUGUUGUCGCCCCCGACCGCUGCUCCUGGGAACCCCUUACAGGAUAGCCACAGGCAGCGAAGAGGAACUGACCGCUCUCUGGGUGCUGUCGCUGCAGCUGGGCCUGUUACACGCGUGACAGGUGUUGCUCGGAUCUUUCUGAGAGAGAAGCCAUCUUCCUGUCCUGUUCUGGCUUCUCCCCCCAGGCCACAGACGCUCUGAGCCCGGGGACAGCACGGGUGCCACACGGAGGGUGUCUUUCCCUGUCAACACUGGCCACAGCCGCUGCUCCUCCCCCCCCCCCAGGCUCCAGACAGAGGAGACUUUGUUUCCCCGACUGCUCACUGCUGUCUACAACCAAGGCCAGCAGAUGCCGGUGCCCUCCUCAUCCUCAUCCUCCCCGGGGCCAGGAAGCCUGGAGAGGACAUGCAGUGUCCCUGGGUUGUCUUCUGCUUGGACAGCUCCAUGGGGCUUUGGAGGGAUGUUUCCAGAGAAUGUCCGAGGGGUGUGAUGCGUGAACCCGUGCUGGAGAUUCUGUUCUGUCAGUCCUGCACAAGCAUGUGCGUGUGCGUGUGUGUGUGUGUGUGUGUGUGUGUGUGGUGUAAGGGCAGAAGGACCACUCCUUUCUGGAGAUCUCUUGACCCUUAGCACUGGAAGGGACCUUAGAGACAUCAACUCUGGUGUGCCCACUGUACAGGUGAGAAAACUGAGGUUCAGGGAGAAGGCAUCUGCUUGUCCCCAUUCCCCUUCCAUGCUUGGCCUCUAUUCGUGGCCCCGGGGGCCCUGAUACAAAUGCUCUCCCUCCUAGCACCUUCCUGCCCUCCACGCAGACACCCCAUUUUCCCCCACCUCAGCCUAGUUCUACAGGAGGGGGACUGACCGUUCCAGGACAUCCCCAAGCAGGACCGCUCCCUGCCCCCCAGGCAGCCUGGUCAUCAGAGCAGGAAGGGACUCUUCCAGCCCUGAGGCCUCCUGGACGGGAGGAGAGCCAAUCCCUCUCCACAUGCCCAGGUCCAUUCGUCUGCCCCGCCCACCCUGAGGUAAAAGCACAACAGGAGACCCCCCCCCCACUCAUGGGUGACAUGCCUCACCCCUUUGCCUUGCUCUCUGUCUCCACCCAGCCUCUGUUCCCCAUCACCCAUCCUUCUCUCUUCCACAAACCCCCAAAUGUAACCUCUAGUUGCGGACUCGGUCGUUUCAAACAAUAAAGAUGCAGUGUUCUAGAA